GGUUCAUCAUCUGCCUGCUUUAAGACCUUGUAAAGGCUUAUUUCCUCCUGCCUUAUGGUCUCAUCUCAUGAUCAAUGUCCUCAAAGGUACCGCUUCAUUCAUUCAUGGUCGAAUCCCUUCACUUUCUAUUCGACGAUCAAAUGGAAAAUGGCUUUCCACAGCUCCUAGAAAUGAUCCGACUCGACUACUCCACGACUCCCCCGAAGACAAUCUUUGCUCCUUCUUUGUCAGCCAAAGGGACCAGAGACAACCCACCACUGGUAUCUGCGACUACGCAUUGGUCUCCGCACUUAAAUCCUGUUCUUCCCUAUUGGCAAUCUUCCAGGGUGAGCAGCUUCAUUCCCUCGCACUGAAAUCCGGCCUCGACUCCAACAUCUUCAUCUAUAAUAGUUUCAUCAAUCUCUAUGUCAAAUGCGGUCGGAUCGAGUCUGCUCGCUCGAUGUUUGAUUCCUCUAAUCGGUUGGACUUUGCUUCUUGUAACAUUAUGCUUGGGGGUUACGUGAAGAGUGGUCGCCUUGAGGAUGCAGUCCGAUUGUUUGAGAUAAUGCCCGCACGAGAUUGUGUCUCUUUCACCACGAUGAUAAUGGGUUUUGCUCAGAAUUAUCUCUUCGUUGAUGCUCUGGGUGCUUUUCAAGACAUGCAGGCUGCGGGUGUGGCUCCGAAUGAGGUAACACUGGCCAGUGUAAUCUCGGCGUACUCACAAUUAGGUGGGCUUGUGCACGGAUUUAUGAUCCAUGGCUUGGCUGUCAAACUUGGACUUCAAUCGUUUAACCUUGUUUCGACAAAUUUAAUUCACAUGUAUUCUGCUUGUUUGAACUUAGCUGAUGCCAAGGUGAUCUUCGAUGACAAUCCAGAGCGGAAUAUAGUGACAUGGAACGUGAUGUUAAAUGGGUAUUCAAAGGCUGGCCUUAUUGAUUCAGCCAGAGAUUUGUUUGACAGGAUGCCUGUGAAGGAUUUGGUUUCUUGGGGUACCAUAAUCGAUGGGUAUGUACGAGCAGAGAAGCUAAGUGAAGCCAUUUUGAUGUAUAUCGAUAUGCUACAAGCUGGGUUUGGGCCCAACGAAGUCAUGAUUGUGGAUUUGGUUUCAGCUUGUGGGCGGUCAGCAGCAUUUGAUGAUGGUCAGCAAUUUCACGCCACAAUGGUGAAGACUGGCUUGGAUUGCCAUGAGUUUGUGCAGGCAACAAUCAUCCAUUUUUAUUCAGCUUGUCACAAGAUUAAUCUAGCCUGUAUGCAGUUUGAAUCGGGAAGUAAAAGCAAUAUAUCAUCUUGGAAUGCUUUAAUUGCAGGAUUUGUGAAAAAUGGCAUGGUUGAUUCAGCAAGGAAUUUAUUUAAUGUGAUGCCCCACAGGGACGUUGUUUCUUGGAGCUCCAUGAUUGCGGGUUAUGCCCAAAGUGGGCAGUCUGAUUUGACAUUGCAACUCUUCCAUGAGAUGCUGGCUAGUGGCAUCCAACCGAAUGAAAUUACAAUGGUAAGCAUCCUCUCAGCCAUUGCCACUUCAGGAACAUUGAAGCAGGGAAGAUGGGUUCUUGAUUAUAUACACCAUAAUUCUAUCCCUCUCAAUGACAACUUGAGUGCUGGGCUUAUCGAUAUGUAUGCGAAGUGUGGAAGCAUUGAUGGAGGCUUGCAGGUAUUCCAUCAAAUCUGUGAUAAGGUUUCAUCAGUUUCACCAUGGAAUGCCAUAAUAUGUGGGUUGGCCAUGCAUGGGCACGCUGACAUGGCCCUUAAACUAUUCACAGAUCUACAAAGGACUCGCAUAAAACCUAAUUUCAUCACAUUCAUAGGAGUCUUGAGUGCAUGUUGUCAUGCAGGAUUGGUGGAUGUUGCAGAAGGGUAUUUUGAUUGUAUGAAGAAGGUAUAUAAUGUAGAUCCAAAUAUUAAGCAUUAUGGGUGUAUGAUUGAUCUCUUGGGCAGAGCUGGGCGUUUAGAAGAGGCUGAGCAACUGAUAGGGACCAUGCCCAUGAAGGCAGAUGUUGUGAUAUGGGGAACACUGCUGGCAGCAUGUAGAACUCAUGGGAACAUGGAAAUAGGAGAAAAGGCUGCAGAGAACUUGGCAAGGUUAGAACCAACUCAUGGGGCCGGUAGAGUACUACUAUCUAAUUUAUAUGCUAAUGCAGGAAGGUGGCAUGAUGCAUUCCUUGUGCGGAGAGCAAUUCAAAGCCAGGGAUUGAAGAAGUUGCCUGGGUGUAGUGGUGUUGUUUGAUAAGCUACUAGCACAUUAGUGUUGCUGGUGGCUCUGUUUUGGCUUGUAUAUUCGUCAGUGAAGUUUUUCUCCUU